AUAACAAAACAGUGGAGGUGCAGCAGCUCGGUUUUUCCUCUAUACAUAUAUGGAUUAUUGUGUUGUGUUUAUUGGGGUUGUAAAUGGAUCAGUUUUCCUAGGCUACUUCUCUUAUACAUCUUUUCAAAAGAAAGAUAACAGCAGAAGAGCCCGAGUUAUACAGUGUGCACAUGUCCUUUGUCCUAAUAUAACCAUGUCCAUUGUCUUCAUCCUUUGGGGUGUUACUGAGGGGUUUUUAACUGAAGCAGCAACUUGUUCAGCACUUAAUUUUGUUAGGAUCCUUUUCCUAUUUUGGAUUGCAGUCCAUCUGAAAUCUGUUGAAGAUUAUGUCCAUGAAGUAAUGGAUCGUUUGGCAGUUCUACUACAAUAUAUUGUGAUAACUGUUGUCGCUUAUAGUCCUAUUAUUGUGGACCUCUGGAAUAAAACAGAUAAUAUAGGGAAAGUGCUGGUUCUGACAUUUCUGUUCCUGGGGUCACUUUUGGUCUCUCUGCAUGCCGUUGCUGUGGUCUGCUAUAGAAGGAAUCUCCAAAAAGUAACAGAUCAGAGUUACGUAAACACAGAAAUCACCAAUUUUCUGCGAUUAUGUGCGAUUAUAUGGACAUAUGGUCUUCAGCUGAAUCAUUUGCCUGUGCUACUCUUUCCAUUGCUGGCAAUCAUUUGUUUUAAAGUUUGUGUUCAUUGCAAAUGUCCCAAUCAGUGGUCUCCAACCCUCAGGCCGCGGACCAGCACUGUUCCGUGGGUCAUUUGGUACCGGCCCCACAGAAAGAAUACAUAACUUACAUUAUUUCUGUUUUAUAAAUGAUCUGAUUCUGAACGAUGUUUUAUUUUGGAAA